AUGAAAACAUCUCAUCGAAAAGAUGAAUCGAUUGCCUAUAUUGAUUUUAAUCAAAAUUCAAUCAUUAAAUUAUUAAAAGGUCCUGAUACUCAAUAUAAAAAUAUAUUGAAAGAUGAUAAUCAAAAGUUAAAUAUACCAAGUAUUACAGAACAAUGUCGAGAUAAAAAUUCCUUCUUACAAAUUCAUGUUCGUCCAUUAAGUGCUAGAAAACAAAAACAAUUAUUACGAAAACAAUAUCGUCAACUAACUAAACGUCGUUGUCAAUCAAUCAAAAAUAAAUGUCUUCGUUUUACAUUUCCUAUUACUUAUCCAUGUCCAGUCAAAUACAAAAGAAGAAAUUCAAGAUCUAUUCCAAGUAGUUCUUCUAUGAAACAAUCAUUAUCAAGUAAUAUAAAUCGAUUAAAAUCAGCUGUUAGUAUUUCAUUUAUUGAUGAUAUGUCAAUAUAUAAAAAUUCAAAACAAAAUUAUUCAUCAUCAUUGCUAAAUAAUCCAUCAAAAAAUAAUACUACAGAUAAAAUACGUUCAUCAAAUGCAUGUAUAGAAAAACAUUUAUGUCAACUAUGUGGUUCAUUAUUGUCUAAUGGUAUAUGUACCUGUAUUGUUCAAUAUUUGAUUCAAUUGAAUAAUACAAGAGAUAAAGAUAUUCUCGUUUAA